CCCCUCACCCGGCAAGGGGGAGGCCCGGCUGAAGCUGGCGUGGGGCAGUUGGGAUGGAGCCCCCCGCGCUGGGGAAAGUGGGCUCCGAGAAGGAGGAGGGCUUCGGGGUGCAGCCCAGGAGGAUGGCUGAUCUGGGGAGGGUCUCCAAUCUCCGGCGAAGCAACAGCAGCCUCAGCAAGAGCCACAGGCUGCAGGGUCCCUUUGGCAGCAGUGAAAAGCAAGAAAAUCUUAGUUCGUGGAUUCCUGAAAACAUCAAGAAGAAAGAAUGUGUGUAUUUCGUGGAAAGCUCCAAACUGUCCGAUGCUGGGAAGGUGGUGUGUGAGUGCGGGUACACGCGUGAGCAGCACUUGGAGGAGGCCACCAAGCCCCACGUCUUCCAGGGCAUGGAGUGGGACCCGAAGAAGCAUGUGCAGGAGAUGCCGACGGAUGCCUUUGGUGACAUUGUCUUCACAGGGCUGGGCCAGAAGGUGGGAAAGUACGUCCGAGUCUCCCAGGACACGCCCUCCAGUGUGAUCUACGACCUCAUGACCCAGCACUGGGGCCUGGACGUCCCCAACCUCCUGAUCUCGGUGACCGGCGGGGCCAAGAACUUCAACAUGAAGCCGAGGCUGAAGAGCAUCUUCCGGAGAGGCCUGGUCAAGGUGGCUCAGACCACAGGGGCCUGGAUCAUCACUGGGGGGUCCCACACCGGCGUCAUGAAGCAGGUGGGCGAGGCGGUGCGAGACUUCAGCCUGAGCAGCAGCUACAAGGAGGGAGAGGUCAUCACCAUCGGCGUGGCCACCUGGGGCACCAUACACCGCCGGGAGGGGCUGGUCCACCCCACGGGCGGCUUCCCCGCCGAGUAUACCCUGGACGAGGAGGGCCAGGGCGGCCUGACCUGCCUGGACAGCAACCACUCCCACUUCAUCCUCGUGGACGACGGGACCCACGGCCAGUACGGGGUUGAGAUUCCUCUGAGGACCAAGCUGGAGAAGUUUAUAUCGGAGCAGACGAAGGAACGAGGCGGCGUGGCCAUCAAGAUCCCCAUCGUCUGUGUGGUGCUGGAGGGCGGCCCUGGCACGCUGCACACCAUCUACAACGCCAUCACCCACGGCACCCCCUGCGUGGUCGUGGAGGGCUCGGGCCGCGUGGCCGACGUCAUCGCCCAGGUGGCCAGCCUGCCCAUCUCGGAGAUCACCAUCUCCCUGAUCCAGCAGAAGCUGAGCGUGUUCUUCCAGGAGAUGUUCGAGACCUUCACCGAGGGCAGCGUCGUCGAGUGGACCAAGAAGAUCCAAGACAUCGUCCGGAGGCGGCAGCUGCUGACCAUCUUCCGGGAAGGCAAGGACGGGCAGCAGGACGUGGACGUGGCCAUCCUGCAGGCCUUGCUGAAAGCCUCUCGGAGCCAAGAUCACUUUGGCCACGAGAACUGGGACCACCAGCUGAAGCUGGCAGUGGCGUGGAACCGCGUGGACAUCGCCCGCAGCGAGAUCUUCACGGAUGAGUGGCAGUGGAAGCCCUCAGAUCUGCACCCCACGAUGACCGCCGCCCUCAUCUCCAACAAGCCUGAGUUCGUGAAGCUCUUCCUGGAGAACGGGGUGCGGCUGAAGGAGUUCGUGACCUGGGACACGCUGCUCUACCUGUACAAGAGCCUGGAGCCGUCCUGCCUGUUCCACAGCAAGCUGCAGAAGGUGCUGGCGGAGGAGCCCGAGCGCCCGGCCUGCGUGCAGAUGCACCACGUGGCCCAGGUGCUGCGGGAGCUGCUGGGGGACUUCACGCAGCCGCUGUACCCGAGGCCCCGCCACAACGACCGGCCGCGGCUCUCGCUGCCUGUGCCUCACAUCAAACUCAACGUACAGGGAGUGAGCCUCCGGUCCCUCUACAAGCGCUCCUCAGGCCACAUGACCUUCACCAUGGACCCAGUCCGUGACCUUCUCAUCUGGGCCAUCGUCCAGAACCGUCGGGAGCUGGCAGGAAUCAUCUGGGCUCAGAGCCAGGACUGCACGGCCGCGGCCCUGGCCUGCAGCAGGAUCCUGAAGGAGCUGUCCAAGGAGGAGGAGGACACGGACACCUCUGAGGAGAUGCUGGCGCUGGCGGACGAGUACGAACUCAGAGCCAUCGGGGUCUUCACCGAGUGCUACCGCAAGGACGAGGAGAGGGCCCAGAAACUGCUCACCCGCGUGUCUGAGGCCUGGGGGAAGACCACCUGCCUGCAGCUGGCCCUGGAGGCCAAGGACAUGAAGUUCGUGUCUCACGGGGGCAUCCAGGCCUUCCUGACCAAGGUGUGGUGGGGCCAGCUCUGCGUGGACAACGGGCUGUGGCGCGUGGCCCUCUGCAUGCUGGUCUUCCCGCUGCUCUUCACCGGCCUCAUCUCCUUCAGGGAGAAGAGGCUGCAGGCGGUGCGUGGCCCGGCCCGCGCCCGCGCCUUCUUCAACGCGCCUGUGGUCAUCUUCCACCUGAACAUCCUGUCCUACUUCGCCUUCCUCUGCCUGUUCGCCUACGUGCUCAUGGUGGACUUCCAGCCCACGCCGUCCUGGUGCGAGUGUGCCAUCUACCUUUGGCUCUUCUCCCUGGUGUGCGAGGAGACGCGGCAGCUCUUCUAUGACCCUGACGAGUGCGGGCUGAUGAAGAAGGCGGCCUUGUACUUCAGCGACUUCUGGAACAAGCUGGAUGUCGGCGCCAUCCUGCUCUUCAUAGCAGGGCUGACCUGCAGGCUCAUCCCAGCAACACUGUACGCUGGGCGUGUCGUCCUGUCUCUGGAUUUCAUCAUGUUCUGCCUCCGGCUGAUGCACAUCUUCACCGUCAGUAAGACACUGGGGCCCAAGAUAAUCAUCGUGAAGCGCAUGAUGAAGGACGUCUUCUUCUUCCUCUUCCUGUUGGCGGUGUGGGUGGUGUCCUUCGGGGUGGCCAAGCAAGCCAUUCUCAUCCACAACGAGAGCCGGGUGGACUGGAUCUUCCGCGGGGUCGUCUACCACUCCUACCUCACCAUCUUCGGGCAGAUCCCGGCCUACAUCGACGGCGUGAACUUCAACCCGGACCAGUGCAGCCCCAACGGCACAGACCCCUACAAGCCCAAGUGCCCCGAGAGCGACCUGGCGCGGCACGAGCCUGCCUUCCCCGAGUGGCUGACGGUCCUGCUGCUCUGCCUCUACCUGCUCUUCACCAACAUCCUGCUGCUCAACCUCCUCAUCGCCAUGUUCAACUACACCUUCCAGCAGGUCCAGGAGCACACGGACCAGAUCUGGAAGUUCCAGCGCCACGACCUGAUCGAGGAGUACCACGGGCGCCCCCCCGCCCCGCCGCCCUUCAUCCUGCUCAGCCACCUGCAGCUCGUCAUCCGGAGGGUGGUCCUGAAGAUCCCAGCCAAGCGUCACCGGCAGCUCAAGAACAAGCUUGAGAAGAACGAGGAGGCCGCCCUGCUGUCCUGGGAGAUCUACCUGAAAGAGAACUACCUGCAGAGCCAGCAGUUCCAGCAGAGGCAGAGGCCGGAGCAGAAGAUCGACGACAUCAGCGACAAGGUGGACACCAUGGUGGACCUGCUGGACAGGGACCGUCUGAAGAGGUCGGGCUCCGUGGAGCAGAGGCUGGCCUCGCUGGAGGAGCAGGUGGCUCAGACGGCCAGAGCCCUGCACUGGAUCGUAAGGACCCUGAGGGACAGUGGCUUUGGCUCGGAGGCAGGCGUCCCCGCGCUGGCCUCCCAGAAGGCCGCCGAGGAGCAGGACGUGGAGCCGGGCAGCAGGAAGAAGGUGGAGGAGCCGGGCGACGGCUACCACGUGGACGCGCGGCACCUCCUCUACCCCAGCCGCCGCGUCACGCGCUUCCCCGUGCCCAACGAGAAGGUGCCCUGGGAGACGGAGUUUCUGAUCUACAAGCCCCCCUUCUACUCAGCUGAGAGGAAGGAUGCAGCCGCCACGGACCCCAUGGGAGACGUCCCGGAGCUGCUGUCUGAGAUCAGCUUCAACGCGGUGGAUGGACAGACGGACCGCCGGAGCUUCCACGGGCCCUACGCGGUUCGGGGUGGGCUCCCCCUGAACCCCAUGGGCCGCACGGGCCUGCGCGGGCGCGGGAGCCUCAGCUGCUUCGGACCCAACCAUGCACUGCACCCCGUGGUCACCCGGUGGAGGCGGAAUGAGGAUGGCGCCAUCUGCAGGAAGAGCAUAAAGAAGAUGCUGGAAGUGCUGGUGGUGAAGGUGCCACACUCGGAGCUCUGGGCCCUGCCGGGGGGCUCCCCGGAGCCAGGCGAGACGCUGCCCCGGAAGCUGAAGCAGAUCCUCCGACAGGAGUCCUGGCCGUCUUUUGAGAACCUGCUGAAGCACAGCACGGAGGUGUACAAAGGGUACAUGGACGACCCGAGGAACACGGACAACGCCUGGAUCGAGACGGUGGCCGUCAGCAUCCACUUCCAGGACCAGAACGACGUGGAGCUGAAGAGGCUGAACUCGAACCUGCACAGCCACGACCGGGGCGUGUCCAUCCGGUGGCAGGUGGUGGACAAGCGCAUCCCCCUGUAUGCGAACCACAAGACUCUCCUCCAGAAGGUGGCCGCCCUGUUCGGGGCUCACUACUGACUGUGGCUUUGGGACCAGCAGCGCCAGCUGUGGUCGGCCCUCGGGGACGUGGGCCUCUCUCUGCUGUGCCCACACGGGACGCGGGCUGACACUGGGCACCACAUGGCGUGGUUUGGGUGGGUCUGUGACCCCUUGUGGCCACGUACAGUGGCUGGCCAGAUGAGCUCUUGAGUUGGAUGGUGUCAAGGUGCCCCGAAGGGAGAGCUCAAGGCAGGGGACAGGCCACCCAGAGGUGAGGGGCCAGCACUGCCAGCCGGGAGCCUGGUCUCGGCCGGGGCCCAUUCCCUCCUUGAUCACGUCAUGCUGGGCAGCACGUCUGCCACGGUGCAUGGGACCAAGGCUGAAUUUCCUGGCGUCAGGGUCCCUGGUGGCAUCCUCGGGCCCAUCCUAUGAGGACUUGGGGUGGGCGACCUGCCAUGCCCCCCAGAUGGCCUCCACGUGCCGAUGUGACCUAACUCGCCCUUUGGCUGGCCUGGACCAGGUUGGGGACAGGCUGCAGAGGCACAGGGGCCCAGCUCUCCCUCUGGCCCUCCCCGGGAGCCACGUGCCUGCCAUGCCCAGGAAGGAGGAGGGGCCGCAGGGGGCUGGGGACGCCAGGGGCCUCCUGGUUUGGUGUCAUGACUCACGGAAGCAGAAGCUAUCAGGAGCCAUCAAGUGGGGGAACGCCGUGAAAACCCAAGAUGUCAAAUCUGCUGUCUCAGGCCGGCCUGGCU